UGCCAGCUCUGCCUCCAAAAACAUCUUAAUGAAGCACUCCUAUUUCGUGAGAAGAAAAACGUACUCCUGCUCCACCAAGCAACUUUUGAAUACCGAAAGAAAGGUAGCAAAGAAUGGCAGUGUACGGCAACAACCCAUCAUGUCUCAUCUCUCUCUUCCUCACUUUCUUCAUUCUUUCAUCCCAUACCCUCUUCUCCAUCUGCAACGCUUCUGAAUCUGAAGUUGAAACAGAGGAUGAAACACCUUUCACCUACCUGGAGGGAACUGGAAAAGGACCUAGAAAAUGGGGCCAGAUCAAUCCGCAUUGGCAAGUUUGUGACAAAGGAAAAUUGCAAUCUCCAAUCGAUCUUCUCGACCAGAGAGUGCAAGUUAUCCGUAAUUUGGGGAAAUUGAAAAGGGAUUACAACCCGGCUCCUGCCACUGUCAAAAAUAGGGGACAUGAUGUCACUGUGAGAUGGAAAGAAGAUGCAGGAAAAAUUAUCAUAAAUGGGACCGACUUCAAACUGUUACAGUGUCAUUGGCAUUCUCCUUCUGAACACACCUUCAAUGGAACAAGAUACAAUUUGGAGUUUCACAUUAUUCAUCUGAGCUCAAACGGAACCAUAGCUGUUAUUGGGAUUACUUACAAGUAUGGCCGUCCGGAUCCUUUUCUUGCAAAGCUCUUAAGCCACAUCGGUUCAAUUGGUAAAGAAGAAAAGGACAUUGGAAUUGUUAAUCCUGGCGAUAUCAAGUUUGGAAGCCGAAAGUACUACAGAUAUAUUGGUUCUCUAACAGUUCCUCCAUGUACAGAGGGUGUUAUUUGGACAAUAGUCAAGAAGGUGAGAACAGUUUCAAGGGAGCAAGUUCGAGCAUUAAGGGAUGUUGUCCAUGAUGGAUUUGAGGCAAAUGCAAGGCCAACGCAACAACUCGAGGGAAGACCAAUUUUGCUGUAUAAUCCCGGCAUCAAGGGAGGUUCUAAGUAAAAAUACGCAGUAGCUUUUGGAUGCAAAAAUGCGAUCUCCAUUUCAUAACUAGAUUUUCAACAUUUACUAAUAUGCGCGUUAAUGAUACAAUUAAAAGGCUUUGUUAUUAAUACAAGGUCCUUGUGAUGCAUACUCGGAUACUCCUUGAAGGAUCGACGACACUAUUCAAAUAAUAUCAUAAAAUUUGUGAAUUGAGAUCGACGGUACUAUUCGGAUCUA